GCUCUGAGGCAGCCUCCGCUCAGACGAGCGCAGGCGCACUGACUGCAGCCCGAUCGCCUCUUCGCCUCCCUGGAACCUGCAGUGCGCAAGCGCGCAACAUCUCCGUUUGCCUCCCCUCAGCCCCUCACCCCCCCCUCCUUUCCCCUUCAAGAAGCCGGCUCCAGGGCGUGCUCACCCCUGUGAGGAGGCCGGAGGCCGGACUCGGGAGGCGCUCUCUCCACUCCCGGAAGAUCAUGUACCAGCCCGGCCGAGGGGCGGCCCGGCGUCUCGGCCCCUGCCUCCGUGCCUACCAGGCGCUCCCCCAGGUGAGAGCAGAGGGGAAGCGGGCGGGGAGGAGAGGGGGCGGGGAGAGACCCUCCUCAGAGCCGGCGCGUGGGGCGGAGCGCGCGCCCCGUUCCGCGCAGGCGCAAUGACGUCCACCGCCCCUUCCCACCUGUGCCGGGCGGCGCGUGGAGGGGACCAGGGUCGCGGGCGCGCGAGGGCGGCCCUGAGGGCCUUGGUGCGUCGGGACUGUGGUUCCCCGGCGUGGGCAGGCGGGGUGGAAGCUGGGGCGGCGCGUUCGCAUUUCGCCCGCGUCCCGGCGGUUACCUGCGCCUGGAGGUGAUUUGAAGGGCAGGGGGCGGAGAGGUUCGCAGCCCGCCGCGGCGCCGCCCCGGAAUUCCCUGGUCGCGACCAAACAGACCUGCGAGCCGCGCUCUGCAGCCCGCGCAUCUUGCACCGGAUAGCGGUCCCGGCAGGAAGGCGGGCCCAGUUGGACCCGGUUCGGGGCCCUGCGCCCGGGCGGGCAAGAUGGCCACGCCCCCGGCGGAGACGGCGCCUCAGGGACACCGUCGGGGACAGAGGACCAGCUUUCUCCACGGGCUCUACCAUUCCCACCCCUUUGGCCCCACUCCACAACCACCAUUUCUCCAGCUUCUCCUCUCCUCCUCUGGUCUCCCCCACCCCCACCUCCCCCACCUCGGCUGCUUCCCCCGGCUCCCCCACUACCUCUCCCUCAGAUCAAGGCCCUCAGCUCACCAUGGGUGGUUCUCCCUCCAGGAAAGGGGGAGGAGGGACCAGGACCUGAAUUGCAUAGUGGCUGCCUAGAUGGGCUUAGAAGCCUAUUUGAGGGACCUCCCUGCCCCUAUCCUGGGGCUUUGAUACCUUUCCGAGCCCCUGGGACAGCCUGCCCUUCCCCUGCCACUCCAUCGGGAGAUCCGAGUAUGGAAGAACACCUGGCUGUCAUGUAUGAGAGACUGAGACAUGAGCUCCCCAAUCUCUUCCUUCACUCCCAUGACUACACUCUCUACUCAUCGGAUGUGGAAUUCAUCAAUGAGGUCCUGAACAUACGUACCAAGGGCAGGACAUGGUACAUUCUGUCCCUAACCCUCUGCCGCUUCCUGGCCUGGAACUAUUUUGCACAACUUCGGUUGGAGGUUCUACAGCUGACCCGUCACCCUGAGAAUUGGACCCUGCAAGCCCGCUGGCGGCUCGUGGGGCUGCCCAUCCACCUGCUCUUUCUACGUUUCUACAAGCGUGACAAGGAAGAGCUUUACCGGACCUACGAUGCCUAUUCCACCUUCUACCUGAAUUCCGACGGCCUCAUUUGUCGCCAUCGCCUAGACAAACUGAUGCCUUCACACUCACCCCCAACACCUGUGAAGAAGCUGCUAGUGGGAGCCCUGGUGACUCUGGGGCUGUCAGAGCCAGAACCCAAUUUACACCUGUGUUCCGAGGCCUGAUCCAGGAACGGGGGUGGAGACAGCACUGAAGACUUUGCUACGCACAAGAGGAGGUGGAGGCGGCCAAGAAUCUCAGGAGUCAGCUUCCUCCCCUCUUCUCUCUCUUUCCUUCCUUUCCAUCUCAUGCUGUGUAAAGCUGCUGUGUAAUUUAACUUGUAAAUAAUAAAGUUUAAGUGAAUAUA